CAUUAACGACAAUUCACCUCGUUUUCUGACGGAUGAAAUUAAUCUUAAAAUAUCAGAAUCUGUCGCAGUUGGCAGACGUUUUCCUUUGGAGAGUGCAGAGGAUCCUGAUGUAGGAGGAAAUGCUUUGAAAACAUAUACUUUAAGUAAAAAUGAUUAUUUUUCUUUAAAAUUUAAAGAGGCAAAACAUGGAAAAUCAGUGCCAGAGUUGGUGUUAGAAAAAUCUUUAGACAGAGAAAAUAUGUCAGUUCAUCAGCUGCUAUUAACAGCACUGGAUGGAGGAAACCCUGUUAAAUCUGGAACAUGUAAAAUUAUAAUUCAUGUACUUGAUAUCAACGACAACUUUCCUAUUUUUGACGAAAAUGAGUACAAAGUCUCUUUAAAAGAAAAUAGCACCAAAGGAACAUUUGUAAAGCGAGUUUCAGCAAAAGAUGCAGAUGAGGGCAUUAACGGAGAGAUGAAAUACUAUUUCGGUUCUCGCACCCCAGAGGCUGUUUUAGCAACGUUUGAAAUUGACGAAGUCACAGGACAAAUUGUUUUGAAAAGAGAAUUAGACUAUGAAAUAUUUGCAUCUUAUUUAAUCGACAUUACUGCCAGAGACAACGGUGUACCUGAAAUGGAGAGUCACUGUCAUUUACAAAUAGAUGUGGAAGACAUCAAUGAUAAUGCACCUGAAAUUAUUUUGACUUCUAAACCCAGUCCUGUAAGAGAAGAUGCUCCGUCUGGCACAGUGGUGGCUUUGAUUAGUGUUAAAGACAUGGACUCUGGUGAUAAUAGCAAAGUAACAUUACAACUGCUGAAAGGCUUACCCUUCAAUCUUAAACCAUCAUUUUCUAAUAGUUAUGAACUAGUAACCAGUGGUACUUUAGACAGAGAGAGAGUGUCUGAGUACAAGAUUGAGAUAACAGCCACUGAUUCAGGAUCUCCUCCUCUCUCCAGUAAGAAAAUGAUAUCUGUCAGCAUCACUGAUGUCAAUGACAACCCUCCUGUAUUCUCUCAGAGCUCUUAUAAUGUUUAUCUAAAAGAGAACGGAGUAGCAGGUUCUAUACUGUACUCGGUGUCUGCAUGUGACCUGGAUGCUGGCGAAAACGCCAAAGUGUCUUACUCUAUCGUGGACUCUAAAGUGCACGACGUGUCCGUGUCGUCUUACGUUUACAUGAACUCAGAGAACGGCAGCAUCUACAGCAUGCACUCCUUUGACUACGAGAAAGUCAAAGUGUUCCACAUUCAGGUUCAGGCAAAGGACCAGGGCUCUCCGUCUCUCAGCACCAACGCCACCGUCCAUGUUUUCAUCCUGGACCAGAACGACAACGCCCCCGCUGUUAUUUACCCUUCCCCCCACACUGCCUCCCACCUCAGGGUGCCCCGCACGGCCAAGGCGGGCCACCUGGUCACCAAGGUGACGGCUGUGGACGCGGACUCGGGCCACAACGCCUGGAUCUCGUACAAAGUGUCUGAGGCCACAGACGCCUCUUUGUUCACGGUCAGUGUGUACACAGGGGAGGUGAGGACUAAACGCGCUGUGUCCGAGCACGACGACUCCUCUCAGAGGCUGCUGGUAGAGGUCCAGGACGACGGGGAACCGGUCCAGUCGGCCACCGUCACGCUGUCCAUCCUGCUGGAGGACGGUGUGAGCGAGCCCAUGUUGGAGCUGAGACACAAGGUGUCCGAGCCCAGUAAGACAAGCGGCACAAUCACGCUUUAUUUGAUCGUGUCUCUGGCCUCGGUGUCCGUGCUGUCUCUGGUGACUUUGCUGGUUUUAGCGGUGAAAUGCUUGAGGAGCAGCGGAAGCGACGCUAGUUGCUGCAUGAGACGGACACACUGUGAUGAGGACAAGAAGCCCAACAGAAACCUGCACAUUCAGCUCAACAGUGAUGGACCUAUCAAGUACGUGGAGGUUCUGGGAGGAGACGUCAUGUCUCAGAGUCACUCCUUCAGGUCGUGCAUGUCUCCAAUGUCAGAAUACAGCGAUUUCACUUUGGUGAAGCCCAGCAGCACCACUGACUUUAAGGAGGUCAUCAGCGUCCUGGACGCCUCUUUACCUGACAGCACCUGGACCUUUGAGAGCCAGCAGGUGAGUAGAGAAUUUCACAGGAAAUGGCUACAUUUUGACUACACUUUUUAAACCCAGAAAAAA